ACGCAGAGAGAGACAAAGAUAGAGCCAGCGUUCCCGUGAUUUAAUUGAUUUCCCGAUGAAAUUCUUCGAGAAACAGCGGCGAGCGUGAAGCGCGCCGAGUCCGUCGAUCGAGUCGGGUUCUCGAGCGGGGAUCCAACUGGAGGGAGACCCUCGCGGACUCGCGGGCCCGUUGAUAAUAAUAGUGCCCGUGCUGUCGCGGUCUAUUUUGGUACAGCCACCACUUCGGAACAAGAGGAGCGCCGAUAACCUCAGCUGAGAAAUGACAAAGUAUUCGACUUCUCCUUGACGCCUAAAGGGUUUCUGAGUUUUUCAGAAAACGCCCUCUCUCUCCCCGAGGCGAGGGUUAAGGAUAUGCCAUGGAGCAUCGGCUGCCUUUCGAGGAGUCGAAACACUUUGACGGAGACAGAAACAGCUUUGGAGAGCUCUGUUGUGUGGAGAGACGCGUUUCUGGUUUCUGAGCUGCGAGAACCCUUUUCCCGAGAGAGCCUUUGCUUCCAAAUUGUAUUCUCGACGUAGACUCGAGAUGCUCGGUGAUCGGCCCCUCAAACGCUGCGUCAACUCUGGCAUCUUAACUAAUUUAACGUCAUCGCUCGACCUUCCGAUGGCUCUGGGCCCCAUCGGCGAGAGAUGCCAAAAUGCUGGAGGAAGUUUCAAAAGUUUCGCUCCAUCCAGGAGCAUCUCCGUGCUCCUCGCCACCUUGCUCGUUCUUUUUCAAUUGCUGUCCUCCAGUCAUGCCGGAGAACCGUUGGGAAAUCCUUAUGAAGUUUUGGGAGUAUCCAGGCACGCGACUCUGCAAGAGAUCAGGAAGGCUUAUAAGAACCUUGUUAAAGAAUGGCAUCCUGACAAAACUGAUCAUCCGGCGGCCGAGAAUAAAUUUGUUGAGAUCACGAGGGCGUACGAGCUUUUGACGGAUCCUGAGAGGAGAAGAAAGUUUGAUAAUCACGGAAUAACGGAAGAAGGAAUGCCGAGGCAGAGAAAGGACAGUGCUUACUUUAAUACGCCAGAUCCACUAGAAGAUCUGUUCGGGAACUUCAAGUUUCACUACCAAAGCCGAGACAACACCUUUUUUCACAAAAUGAGCAUCACGUAUCGAGCCUUUGAGAACGUGAUAGUGCCAAAGAGUUACCGCACGCCGCAUUUAAUUCUACUAUAUUCCGACUGGUGUUUCGCGUGCAUCCAAGUGGAGCCUAUUUGGCGUCGCCUGAUGGAAGAACUGGAACCACUCGGCGUAGGUCUGGUGACGGUUCACGCCGAGCGAGAGCCAGCUCUAGCGAGAAGAUUGGGAAUGCAUUCACCACCUUGCCUCGCCGUCACGUUGGACGGACGGACUAACAUUUACAGAGAGUCUUUGUUUAGUGUCCAAAAAGUUGUAGAAUUUUUAAGGAGUAGAUUUCCAUACAAGUUAAUCCACAAUGUCAACAAUGACAACGUAGAGAGCUUUCUCUCUGGCUGGGUUGACAACAGGGUUCGCGGUUUGAUAUUCGAGAAGAGAGACUCUGCGAGGUUACGGUACUUGUUGACAGCUUUCCACCACAGGGAUCGAGUGGCGUUUGGUUUUGUUCACGUUGGAAAGGCCGAGACCGAAGCCAUCGCGACGAAAUACAAAAUAUCCGGGGACCUGGAUACGUUGUUGCUGUUCAAUGAGAACUCUGAGAAGCCAAUGGCUUCUGUCAGUAUGAAGGACAUACCUAGUGAGACAAUGCACAAUGUGAUUGCGAAUAACAAGUUCCUGAUGUUGCCAAGACUGUCGAACCAGGCAAUGCUGGAUACGGUCUGCCCACCCGAGUGGCAGCGACCACAGAAACGCCUAUGUGCCAUUCUGAUUUCGCAAAACAGUCCAGUUCAUGAUUUAGCAAGGCACAAGUUUCGACAAGCUGCUUUGGUGUCGCCUUACAGCACCGAACGGGUGAGGUAUACAUAUGUCUUCAAGGAGACGCAGCCAGCAUUCGUGUCUGCCUUGUCAGGGGGAGAAGGCAGUCCUUUGGAGCCAUUAUUGCACAUCGUAAUUAUUUGGAGGCGCGAUGCGAAUCAUUUAAAAUAUGAAUGGUUACCUACUGGCUGGAUCGAAGCUACUCAAGAUGAGAACCAGUGGAACGAGACUCGUCGAAACCUGGAGCAAACUAUCCAGAGACUGUUGCGUGUCUCCGAGGCCUUGCCCUAUGCUGCGGAGGUGGGAGAGCUGGCUGACGAACAUGCACAGGGUGCUGUAGACAGACUUAUCGGCAGAGCACUGCUGGCUGUGGAUUAUAUUUCCGACAGUCUUACCAAAGAACAACUCUUACCGUUGAUAUCGGUAAUAGCUACUUUAAUGUUAAUCGGAGCUGCUGGUUAUGGAAUGUCGUAUUUAUUAAAGUUAGAGGAAGCAAGCGUACAGGCCAAGAGAGCUCAGUGCAAGGAGAAUCUAAAGUCACUGCCCUGUCAACCACAGCUGAGGUUACACGAACUUCGAGCUGAGAAGUACAAUGGUCUUGUGAAACUUUUGAAGCCUGGCUGUCGAACGAUCAUAUUGCUCGUCGAUGUUCAGAGUAGGCUGAAGUUACUGCCAGCUUUUCACAGAGCCGUGUGGCCUUAUAGGAAAAAUAAGACCUUGAUGUUCGGACACAUGUCACUGGAACGAGGUCUUGACUGGUACAAGAAACUUUUGUCACUGAGCUUGCCUGACCAGCGAGAGCUGAACAUUAAUGCUAAGAAUUGCGUGGGGACAGUUUUAUCCCUAAAUGGUCACCGUAAAUACUUCUGCAUGUACCAUGCAAAGCACCCCGAGUGCAACAAGGGAAAAGGAUCCAAGCAAAUAGAAAGACUGGCCAAGAGGCUAAGUCGACGGUCAGAUGACGCCGAAGCCGGAGCGUUCAUUGGUUUCGACAGUUCCAGCGAUUCAGAGCUGUCUCAAGAUGAGGGCGAGAACGACGUUCUGUACCACGAAAACCUCUUGGAUGGACUGUCCAUGUGGCUAGACAGACUGUUUGAGGGUUCAACUCAUCGUUACUACAUAAAUUACUGGCCCGACUUCACUGCCAAGUAAAGGAGGGCUAAGCCCCGUUCUGGUAAUGCCUUUUAAACGGAAACAUUGUCUUGAGUCUAGUCAGAGCGAGCUGUGAAUCGCUAUCGGAAUUUCUACCCGUUGAUCCGAAGACCCAGGUCAGAGCCUGCAUAAAGACAAACAUAUUCAUUACCGCAUAUUAAUUAAUGUUUAUGAACGUAAUUAAUAUUUCUUGUAUAGGCCUGUAUAGUUAAGUGAAUUUCUAGAGGACCUUUUUAAGCGCUGCUAAAGAGAAUUCAAGGAACCCGAUCUGGUCGUAUCCUUUAGUUACCAUUUAACCAAGGACUAGUCUAUAUCGAUGCGGACGUUACAUGUCAUUCGUUUUUAAACGUUCUCUUUGGCAGGUCUUAUUCGUAUGUACAUUUAAUUAGUACCUCUUGUACAGACGAUUCGAUACAAUGUCCUCGCACAUUACGACAAUUCCUAUUUCGAAGGUCGUAGGUUUGUUACUUUAUAUUACUGCCUCCGCAGCUUACGGUACCUUCUUCCUCUCGGCUUAUGAGUACAUACCUCCGCGACCUGAUGUAUAAUUUUAUUUAUAAAUGAUUUAUUAACGUUGCCAGAGUUGCAGCCCCGAGGCCUCCAAAGAGACCCCUACCUGAACUAUUUAUCGAUUAACUCUAAUGUCACCUGGCAUCCCGCGGUGCACUCUUGAUCAUUUCUAAAUAGGAACCCUAUAAUCUGUCGCUUGUUUCUUUUAGGUCUUUCUCUCUCUCUAUAUGUGUAUAUCAUUGCCAUUCAAGUGUCCAAAACCUUUUAACCGUCGGUACACUCCGCGCCAACGUGUACCCAAAAAUGAUCUACAGAAAGCGUACCAAAGAGUACACGUUGGUGCCGAGCGAUCGCUACCUUUAACUACUGUCUAAGCACUGUUUUACAAUUUGCUAAGUUUACGACGAUUGUUAUAUACAUAUAUAUAUAUUCAGAUGUUGAAACCUCUUGCUUAUUGCACGAGGAUACGUAGUUCCGAGUAUCUUUCGCGAAGCUUUAAGACGUUUUGACAAUCUUUACCUGAGAUGUAACGGGUUGAGAGGGAAAGACGAGUAACACGUGCGUAAACGGUGUGCGGCUUCGACGAAAGGGAUUUAAACGAUGCCUCUUUCAUUCCACUUCGUUAUUAUUGCACUAAAUAUGCCGUAUGAAAAAUUGCUGAUGAUUAGGGGACGUGUUUUCCGCGAGUCCUCGGCGAGCAACGUUGCAGCUGAGUGUUCGGAGGAGAUCAUAACCUCGCAGGGUAACGCUCCGGAGAAGAGCAUGAUUCCACCUCUUUGGAAAGCAACGCGCACGUUGGAUUUCAGACGAAGCAUGAGUUCUCCCUGUAAAUUACACGAGAAAAAUGUAUAGGAUUAAAUGCGAAGACAGUGAGUAUCGCAAAUUUUUUUUAUGUAUAUACUUAUCCUCUCCGAGAAGGAACCCGAGGCGCGUGAGGUCGAGCGUGGCUUCGAGGUGACUGCGUGGCGAAUACUGUAGCAUGGAUAUUAUUAUACAGGUGAUUACCGAUUCCGAACAAUUGAUAAAUAGAAUGUGAAAUUACAUAC